ACCUCGACAUUUCUGUCUGUCGUGUCGACCCAUCCGAAAUUGGGUCUGAAAAAGGAAGGGAAAAGAAAAAACCCCUUCGAUUUUUAACUAAUUUCUCGUUUUCUUAUUAAUAAAUUUCCCUUCUCUCAAUUUCUCCGAUCUCAAAACCGCCCAUUUGAGCCCUCCGAUCAACAAUUUUCAAUCAUUUUUCCGAUCAUUCUUCAGAUUCCGUCAAGCCGGCGAUAUUAAUGGCGGAAUCAUCUGACCCAUCAAAACCCAUCAAUGGAUUCUGAUGUUCUUCCGAUUGUCGGAGCGGAAUCAUUAAUCAUUCCAAGUCGGAGAGGCUUAUUAUUUUCCGAAAAUGGAGUUGGAUGGCCUCGAACGCGCGCCGCCGUCCAUGGACGUGAUGAACGAGGAGGACAAGACCCUUCAAUGUCACUGUCAGUUUCCGUCGAUUUCCAAGCCUCGGAUCAGCAAUAACGACAAUCCGACCACUACAAGUGUCCACGAGCUGCUGGAAUGUCCUGUCUGCACUAAUUCUAUGUAUCCUCCAAUUCAUCAGUGUCCCAAUGGACAUACCCUCUGUUCUUCGUGUAAAACGAAGGUAGACAACCGUUGCCCGACGUGCAGACAAGAGCUCGGUGAUAUUAGAUGUCUAGCAUUAGAAAAAAUAGCCGAAUCGCUUAAACUGGCUUGUAAAUUCUGCACGUUCGGGUGCUCGGAGAUAUUGCCGUACUAUAGUAAACUAAAACAUGAAUCUGCCUGUUACUUCAGACCAUAUACCUGCCCUUAUGCUGGAUCAGACUGCCCAAUUGAUGGGGAGAUUCCUUUCCUUGUUUCUCAUCUUCGAGAUGAUCACAAAGUCGAUAUGCAUUCUGGAUGCACGUUUAAUCAUCGUUACGUAAAGGCUAAUCCAUGCGAAGUUGAAAACGCUAUAUGGAUGUUAACUGUCUUCCACUGUUUUGACCAGUAUUUCUGUCUUCAUUUUGAAGCCUUUCAGCUUGGUAUGGCACCAGUUUACAUGGUGUUUCUCCGAUUCAUGGGCGACGAAACAGACGCCCGAAACUACAGUUACAGCCUCGAGGCCGGUGGGAAUGGGAGGAAGCUAACGUGGGAAGGCAACCCUCGAAGCAUUCGGGACAACCACAAGAAAGUCCGAGACAGCCACGAUGGCCUCAUUAUACAUCGAAACAUGGCACUGUUCUUCUCGGGCGGGGAAAGGAAAGAGCUGAAGUUGCGGAUCAUGGGACGGAUUUGGAAAGAACAAAAUAAGCAGUGAUAUUGUUGUUGAAUCAGCUCAUAAGUCUUUGCCAAUCCUAAUAAACAGUGUACACAAAGGUCUUGAAACCAUCUUCGACUCCAACUUCUUGUAAUUGGGAAUAGCUUACAACAUUAAACAUUGAAGCUUGUUUUGAAAA